CAGUAGGCUGAAGGGUUGGCCCAGACCCCCGAGCCUUUGAACAGGCUGGGCUUGCAUGGAGGUGAUGUGGUUGGAGGUGAUGUGAUCAAGUAGGAAGGCUCCUUCUUAGGUGGAGCAAAGGGCUUCCUUCCUGUAGCAGAGAUGCUUGGGAUUCUUAGGCUGGUUGGGCCUGGUUAUAAAUCUAAAUGACUUCAUCAGAGGUUGGGGUUGUGAAGUCUGGUGACAUCCAUCCUGAGUUGAUAAGAUGAGGGGAAAAAAUCUGAUUGGCACCUAAGAGCUGGGUCUUUAUCCUGGGUGGUAUAUAAAAAUAUAUAAUAUAUAUAUACAAACCGCUAGAUGGUGCGACGGGGACCAAGUAGCCCAUGAGUUUUGGUUUAGCAUUUGAAUUGUACAGCAAGGGACAUUGUAGGAUGUAAGAGUUUAAUAAUAGCCUCUGACUUAUAAAAAAUUGUUCCAGGGGCUGGAGUUGUAGCUCAGUUGGUAGAGCAUUUGCCUUGCAUGUAGGAGGCACCAGUUGCUGAUCCUUAGUGCCACAUAAAAACAAAUAAAUAAAAUAAAGGUAUUGUGUCUGUCUACAACUAAAAAAUUAUAUAUUUAAAAAAAAUUGUUCCAAAGACACAUCUUCUAUAAGGGUUGGUGGUCAUGAUGACUGGCCUGCCAUUUUGCCUUUCUUGAAUGUGUCUCUCAGGCCCUGUUUGGGAGCCUGCUGAGUGGUUUGCUUUAGAGAUGCCCUAUUUGAGGGAUUUCAAAGAGACUGGGAACUGGGAAGCAGGAUGGAGCAUAGAGACCUAUAGUGUGUUGGAAAUUCAUAGAGAUUAUUAGUAAGACUUGCCCCCCUGCUCAUGGGGUUUGCACAAGUUAUGAAAAUACCUAUGGGAGAUUACAAGUGCUGCAUGCCUGAUAGCUUUUGAGAGACUUUGUGAGAAUUAAUGUUUUGGCAUUUGGGAGGACUUUGAGACUUGGUGACUGGUCACAUAGAGAAAGUUGGCAAGCAGUAGAUGAAAAGCUUGGGUGCUUAUGAUGUGGUGGCUGUAUUUACAAGGCCAUCAGUCUAGGCUAUCAGGGACCCGUUUUAAUGAUGAGUGAUGGGUGAGAGAACAUGUCUAGUUACAUGAUGCUUGGAAGGAGCAGGGAAGGUUGUGUGAGACUUUCUGAAGGUGUAAUAACUGGAGCAGGCAUUCUGUAGGACCACAGGCAAGAUCUGAGCAAGAGCAUGCUGGAGACCCAAAGUGGGAGAGUUUAUCUUUGCCCACAGGAGUUAACCAUUAGGUAGAGACAAGUACAGAGAAAUAAAUGCAAAGUAUACUGUGUUUAAAUUACACAUUGGAGUUAUAAUAAAAUGCAGUGGGGGGGUUAGGGUUGUGGCUCAGUGGUAGAGUGCUUGCCUCGCACGUGUGAGGCAUGGGGUUCGAUCCUGAGCACCACAUAAAAAUAAAUAAAGGUAUUGUGUCCAUCUACAACUAAAACAAUGUUAAAAAAAAAAAAAAAGCAGUGGGAAUGCAGAGGAAGAGAGGAGCACAGAUCAUCUGAGAUGGGUAAAAAGUAGGGGUCUGGGAGAGAGAAGUAAAGGGCUUUCUGUGGAACAGCAUGAGUGAGGGUACAGAGGCAUAAGAUAAAAUUGAGAAUAGUUUGCCUUUUGGUUAAAUAGUUAUGGGAAAUAAUACCUCGGAAAAUUAGAUUUGGCUACCAUAUGAAAGGCUUCCAUAUGCCUCGCUAAGGAAACUGUACUUAAAAUGGGUAGGUGCUGGAAAAUUUGAAAAAUUUAGUGACAUGUUCCAGCUUUCAGAAAUUGAAUUUGGCCAUUGAAUUUGGACAGAUGGGAGGAAGAGGUUAGUUAGGUGGACCUGUUUUCAUCUUGCUCUGCCACGUGAUGGCUGCAUUAACUUCCUUUGCCAAAUUCGAACACAGUAAGCCUUAGUUUUGCCCAUCUAUAAAAUGGGAAGGGUAAAAAAGGAUUGAAUGCAAUAAUCCAAAUAAAGCACGUAGAUGGAAAGUGUUAGCAUUUAUUACUGCUGCGGCCUCUGUUGACAGAAAGACUAGUUAGGAAGGUUGUUUUGAAUGUCUAGUUGGAGUGAGAUCCGGAAGUAGGAUGGGGGCUGUAAGAUUGUAAAGGAAGGAAAAAAAGUAAAGACCCUCCAGAAAUAGAACCUAGGGGUUUCAGUCGGUAGAAUAGCAGCUCUAGAUGACUAGAGACAAGACAAGAUGAAAGUAAGGGAGUGAAUCCGCGUGUGGGAGGUUACGGGGAGCAGAGAAGAUGGUGACCAGCCACUGUGUAGCAGGGGAGUCCAGGAACAAGGAGGACACGGAUGAGGGUUGAGAAUGUGCUUUUAUGAUGGACCCUGAAGCAUUUUCUUUUUCCUUUUUUUAACUUUCUCCAAGACUCUUUGCAGCCCAAGAAUGGAGAUUAGAGAAAAUGAAUUCAUACAAAUCUUUGGCCUAGUCACUUGAAGGCCGGAAGAGGGUGUGGAGCAGGGAAAUGUGAGCUAAAGGAGAUUUAGAUGGGCUGUGGGGCUGGAGGAGGAGGGUCAUUGAAGCUGCUGGUGGUGGAUCCUAUCUAGGAAAGGAAACAGGCAGGGAUGGAGGAUAGAGCCAGGGAUCUGAAGGUCUUGAUGAGGACAAAGUACAAGCUCUGAGAAUAGAGGGAGGAAGAGAGGGGGAUGGGGGCUGUUGGGAAGCUGUAGGCAGUCAGGACUGAGCUUAUAAAAACGUUAACUUAAUUGAGGUAUAAUUUAUGUAACAUAAAGUGUGUUGAUUGUAAGUGUAUGGUUUCACGUGUUUUGUUGGUUUGUUUUUGUUUUUUGGUACCUGGGAUGGAACUCAGGGCACUUGACCACCGAGCCACAUCCCCAGCCCUAUUUUGUAUUUUAUUUUGAGACAGGGUCUCCCCGAGUUGCUUGGCGCCUCGCUGUUGCUGAGGCUGGCUUUGAACUUGCGACCCUCCUGCCUCAGCCUCCUGAGCUGUUCAGAUUAUAGGCAUGCACCACCGCACCCGGCUCCAUGUGUUUUUAUAGAAUGUGUGUGUAUACCAUGUAACUACUACCUCAGCGAAGAUAUAGAACAUUUUCAUCACCCCUCACCGUGCCCCUCUUCAGUCAGUCCCUGGGCAACCUCUAAUCUACUUUCUUUCACCAUAGGUUAGUUUUUCCUGUUUUAGAAUUUCAUAUGAUAAAAUUACAUGCUGAGUGUGUAUUCACCCGUUGAUGGCCAUUUCGGUCAUGGGGCAUUAGUCUGUUUUCAGUUGUUAUAGCAAAAGACCUGAAAUUGGAUACUUAUAAAGAAAAGAAGUUUGUUUACCUCAUGGUUUUGGAGGCUGAAAGUCGAAGAUCAGGCCGCCCAUAUAUUUAGCCUCAGGUGAUGGCCCACCUUGCAGUAUCACUACAUGGAGGGUGGGUCACCAGGGGAGUGUAUAUAAGAGAGAUCAUAUGGUGAGAUAGGGAGACCAGGGAGGGGCCUCUUUUUAUUAACAAGUCUCCAGGGAACUUACAGGUUUCAUGAGAACUACAUUUAAUCCCUUAUGAAAGCAGUGACCUUCACUAAGCCCCACCUCUUAAAGGUAUUCAACCUUUCAAUAUUGUCACUCUGGAAGCCAACCUGCCAACACAUGAAUUAUAGCAGUUAUGAACAAUUUUGGCCAUUUUUAAUAAAACUACUGUGUUCUGAACAUUCAUGCACAAGUCUUUAUGUUUUUUCUUGACUACCUUCAUUUUGAUUUCAAGUGCACUUCUUCUUUUUUUCUUUCUUUAAUAGUAAUGGAGAUUUAGCUCAGAGCUAGUCUACCACUGAGGUACAUUUCCAGCCCUUUUUAAUUUUAUUUUGAGACAGUGUCUUACUAAGUUGUGAGGCUGGCCUCUAAAUUUGCCAUCCUCCUGCCUAAGCCUCUCAAGUCUAGGGGAUUACAAGCAUGCACCGCCACACCUGGCUUUGACUCCACUUCUUACUCCCUGUUGACUGUUGGGACAGUUUUCUCUGCCUUUCUAUAAACUCUGUUAAUAAUGAAUAUGUGCUCAUAAGGUCAUUGUAAAGAUCAAAUGAGACUGUCUGCACAGCUCUUACACAGAGCCUGGUACACAGUAAUAAAUGGCUGUUCUUAGUCCAUUUUCCCAGGACCCAGGAGUCUACCCCAUAUGGUAAGGGACAUGUGGUCUCCUGGGGCAACUUGGAAUGGCCUAGGAUGUAACAGUGGAAAGCCAUGGGACUUGGAGAACAAGUCUGGUGAAGGAAGUCCCUUCCUAGUGUGGCACUUUUAUCCCUCACGAGCUCUGUGGUACGGCACACUGCCCUGCCGUGUCAGAGAACAGCUGUGACUGUGACGGGUUAAGAGAAAACAUAUCUUCAUGCUUUGUGAACUUUAGGGAACUUUACAAAUGUUAGAUAUAUUGUAUAGUCUUGGCCCUACUGGUUAUUAAAUAAUGCUGCUAUUGUCCUCAAAAAACACUAUAAUCUGUGUAUAAAGGAUUUGUCCCUAAACUGAAAGCAGACUACCCCAAACCCUGCCUGCAUUGAAACCUUUUUCCCCCAUUGGAAAGGCUUUGUGCUGUAAGUGUGUGUGGUGUGUGUGUGUGUGUGUGUGUGUGUUGGCAGCCCCUCCCCCAGCUGAAUGCAAUACUAGCAGUCUGCAAAUGCUCCUAAGGGACUGGGGAGGGCCUGGAGUUUCUGGCUGUCCUUGGAAAGUUGAUUUAAUAAGGGUUCCAGGAAAACCAACCUCCCUCCUUCCCUCUCCCUCUCCUUCCCAUUCUCUCGUGUGCCAUCUUACCAAAUACAAGCUUGUUUCAGAUCAGGCUUUGAGGUUUGCGGGUGGACUGAAGCUGGAUCACAGGCUGAGGGGUAGAAUACCCCUUUCAGAAGAUAAGCACCAGCUUGAAAGACAUUCUGAGCUUGAGGUGGGCUGUUUCCAUUUGUUUUUUCCUCCUAGAAUAGGACUUGAGGGGAACUGUGAGUGGGUUCAUCCAAAACUGCCUGCAAGGCCACUUUGGGGACUUCUGCCUGCCCCCACUUCAGCAGUCAUGUGGGUUAAACAUCCCAGACCCCCUGUGGUACAGGACAUAUAGUGUGUGAGACUUGCAGUCUCCAAAUACUUGCUUCCAUCCACAGAAACCUGCAACUCAUAAGCGAUUUAAUGGGCUGAGGUUUUACAGCUCCUCCCACCCACCCAGAUUUGAAGGAAUCUGGUGGUUGGUUGAAUGGGGGAGAGGUUACAUUUAAUGGAAAAGCUCUAUGUUUCCAUUUCUGGCUGCAAGUCCCCCUGCAUGCCAUGUGUGUACCACAGAACAGGUCUUUGUCUCUGUGUUCUGCAGAAACCUGUACCCAUGGCUGCGGGUAGUGCCAGAACCAUGAACCAGUCCUCAAGUUGUAGGGUCCUGGCAACUCUCCCACCCCACAGGGGUUCUGCAGCUGCCUUUAGUCCAAAGGGGUGUGCAUUUCAGCUGAGCUACAGCAGGAGUCUCAGAUAGGUACCAGGGGGUGUCCCAAUAUAAGACAUGCUGUGAUUCCGCAGGCUGCAGCUGAUUGGCCUGAAGAUCAGUGUCCCAAAGCUGCCCUGGAACACUUGGAGGAUGUGCCCCCACUCCACCUCAUCCCCAGCAUAAUUUCUUCUUGUGAAAAGAACCUGUUUGCUUCUAAUUCACACUGAAUGGCAAGAGGAAUUCCAGAAGGCUAGUGGAAUUACUUAGAGCAAAAGGUGAUGUUGAAUGACCCACUUGAGAACAAGGACAGGGGAUUUAGGUCUGUAGAAAUCCACCAGUGCUCUAAGCUACCAGGUUUCCCUCAGGAUCUACUGUGUCCCAUGCCUGCCUCCCCAGAGAGGAGGCUGUUUGCAAGUGUUAGUUAGGGCAGGGCUGGGAGGACCCAGCAGCUCUCAGCAGAGUGUGAGAGAAUGUGAGGGUGCUCACGUGUCCUGCUUGACCACACUGGGUAGAGCUCAGCCACUCCAGGGCUGUGUUCUUGGCUCUGGCUUCUGCAUUGCUACACCAUUAGCUUCACUGAUUUUCCACUCUGGCUUUGCCAGCCCACUCCCCGAAGUCAGGGAGGAGGAAUUUCUCAGGGAAGAACAAAUGGCUAUCCAGAGGGGUGGGGGAAGGGAGGGAGCCCAAACAAAGAAUCCAUGAUUCUUUGUCCAUGACUCUGUCACCUGGUUUCUGUGACUGCCUGGAGUCUGGGGUAGGCAGGAAGGUGUCAGGGAUUCUUCUCAAGCCUUCGCGUAGAGAUGGGAAAAUGGGUCCACAGGGUUUGUCCAGCCAGGGUGUUUGCUUCUGGUCAGGCAAUCAGUGAGUGACUGUCUAGGUGGUGAUGGAUGGCCUUGGGAGAAGUGAGUUCUGGGGAGUCAUUAUCCAGAAGGGUGAGGUCCAGGGUCAGAGAGCCUGACCAGCAGCUGCGCCCUGUUUUUAUAAUGCCUCAUUCCUCUGGGGCUACCGCGGCCUCAGGCUCCCCCUGUAGACACCACCUUUGCCUCCUUCUUCCUUCCCUGAAGCCUGGAAAUGAAACAACUGUUUUCCUGCUGACCGGGGGAGGUCCAGCUGCUCUCCUUCCUUCCCCUGGACUCUUAAAUUCAGCUGCCCAGGCCUCCCUGUUCAUUCAGGGAGGGUGGACCAUUCAUUCACAGACUUAGACACUUCUUUCUGCCCAACCUGUCCCCACUCCUCUGAAACUGAAAGUUAAUUGCCCUACCUGGCCUCCUAAGAACCUGGGGCAGAUCCCAAACCAUUUCCUUUUAGGAGAAUUCCUUCUGGAAUCUGAGCUGCUCCUGACCUUGGGGAUUUUCUCAGACUUCCAGCUAUCAGUGGCCAAGUAGGGACCCUCCCCCCACGUACACAGUAGGUGUAUUGCCAGCAUAGUAGCAUUAAGCUUGAGCAUCUGUCCCCUGGUUUCCACUCUCCUGACUCUUAGCUCACAAAAACUAAUCACUCACCUUUCUCCUUUGCCAAAGAGGGUGUCCGCUGCCUUUGUUUAAAGGUUUGUGUCAUGCACACUGAGGAAGGCUGGGAUGAGGGGUCUGCCCAUUUAGUUACAGGGAACAACAAAGAUCUGCUUGGGAAACUCCAUGCUCUCUCCUAAUCCCCCAUGUUGUCCAGGUCAAAUCUGUACGGUUUGUGUACAGUAGGUGGAUAUUGGGAUAGCAGGCCCUGUCCUGGGCACAUAGGUGUAUUAAGCCUCAAGUGGUCGUGAGAGGGUCAAAGAGUUCAAGAAAGAGUGGGCUUAAUGGUUAUGAGCUUGAGCAGGGAAAAAGGGCACGAGACAGUAACGUGGAAGUUUUAAGUGUUAAUCAACAAAGAAAACUGAAUUCAGAGCUUACCCCUUCCUGUUUUCACUGGGAUUGAAAACUAACCUCUGGCUAAGGAUUCAUUCCUUCAUUAAUUUUUUUUAACCCAUUCAUUCAUUCAUCUGGCCAAAUAAGUUUCCCCCCCCCCCCCCCCCCGCUUUUUUUUACUACAACAUACACUUUAUAUGUAACCUUUGUUCAGUCAGAAAUGGAAAUUAUUUACCCAAUUUAACCAGUGUUCAGACAGAACUGGCCGUCCUUAUCCUUUUCUCCUUUUCACAUUUUGUAAUCCCUACUCAAUUCUUGGCCUAAGGUUAACUUGAGUUUGAGUUAAGACCUAGUUUAAGGGACAUAUUCUUCUUGGCAUCUUCCCCUGUUCACUCCUUGCUUUUUUUUGUUUUGUUUUUAAUAAUCAAUCUAGCACAGACUUUAUUCUGCCUCACGUUUUUGGUGUGUAUACUAGAGAUUGAACCCAGGACCUCACACCUACUAGACAAGCACUCUACCAUUGAACUAAAUCCCUAGUCCUUGCUCAAAUUUUUUUUUUUUUUUUUUUUUUUUUUUUAAGUUUUUGGGUUUUGUCUGUUUGCAGUGUCAGAGAUUGAACCUUGGGAUUCAUGCAUGCUAAGCAUAUGCUGUACCUUUGAGCCAUACCCCAGCCCUUGGAGUUUUUAAUGUUUGAUAACUCCUCUCAAAGUUCUGUGCAAUUAGCAAGAAUAUUGUUCUUUUAAAACAUUCUUAUUUUGAUAUGUAGUCUGAGUUCAUUGUAGAAAAUACAGAAAACCUAUAAUCCUAGCUACUAAGGAAGCUGAGGCAGGAGGAUCACAAGUUGGAGGGUAGCCUCAGCAACUAAGCAAGACCCUAUCUCAAAGUAAAAAAUAAAAAUGACUGGGAUGUAGCUCAGUGGUAAUAUUACACCCUGUUCCCCCAAUUUAAUCCCUAGUACGAAAAAAAGAAAGAAAGAAAAACUUACACUCCCAUCGUCCAAAAAUGAUUAUUUUUUUAAAGACUUUUUUCUUGCCUUUAUACAAACUUUCAGAAAUGGACUUAUACUAUAUGUACUGAUUUAUAAUUUAAGUCUAUAUUUAUUGUCAUACAGAAAAGCUUUUCAUCGUGCCUGAUAACUACUUAGUAUUCCAUUGUGAGUAUACAAAAUUUGUUUAUCUUGUCCUCUACUUUGGGAGUAACUUAGGUUAUUUCCAGUAAUUUGCACUUGAGUGAACAUACUGUUACAAAUAAAAUUUGUUCAUGUAUCAAAGGGUAGUUACAUUUUAAAUGUUUUGAUAUCAUCACUAUACCAAACUGCCCCCCAGAAAGGUUGUACCAGUGAAAAUCUUUUUGAAAGCGGGGCUAGGGGUACUCGCCAGUAUGCACAACGCCCUGGGUUCCAUCAUCAUAAUAAUUAAUAGUAAGCAUCUUUAUACUGCAUGGUUUACAUUUUUACAUCUUUAUAAUGAACCCAUGGACACAAGGUUCAUGCCCAUGAUCAGCUUGAGAUUAUUUAACCUUAGUUUGAAGUUCAGGAAAUUAAGUAACUUCUCAAAGAUUGUAUAGUUGGAGAGGGGUGGCAUGAGGUUUCAAAUUCCGGUAGGUCUGAUGACAUUUUUUUCCUACUCUAUUGCUCUCCAUACCUAUUGGAUUCCCCACAAAAUUGAGACAGAACACCUUUUGAACAUCCCUGCAUGAGGCAAGAGAACUAUAAGUUCAAGACCAACCUGGGCAAUUUAAUGAGACCUUAUCUCAAAAAAUAAAGGGAGCUGGGGAUGUAGCUCAGUGGUGGAGUGUUCUUGGUUUCAAUCCCUAAUACCACAAAAAAAUAAAAUAAAAAGAGAUUUAAAAAAUAAUAAUAAUAUUAAAAAAUAACAAAAAUAAACAUUGCUGGCUUAGUUCCCCUUAUCUCACAGGAAUCUGACUUCUCUCUUUGAGAUGUUUGCCUUGAGCCAUUUCUCCUGUGACAUUCUGUUCUGUACUGUGAGGUUCCACAUCAGUCACAAGUCUGUGAGCUGCCCUAAUGAUAGUGGUUCCCUAGCAUGGAAUAAUCAACGGAACAAAACUCUUUCUUUUCCACAGUAGCCACAGACCUCAUACUUGGGAGAGAUCUAGGAUCAGAGAUGCUCAAGUGUCAGAUACCACACCUGAGUUUUUUUGUAGGUCACACUUAGUCCGGAAUGCAGCAGUAUUGCCUAGACACAAAAACUACAUAGAUGUAAACUGGGUGCAAUGGUACACACCUGUAAUCCCAGCAGCUUGGGAAGGUGAGGCAGGAGGAUCAAGGGUUCAAAGCCACCCUCAGCAAUUUAGUGAGGCCCUAAGCAACUCAGUGAAACUGUAAAUAAGUACAAAAAAGGGCUGGGGAUGUGGCUUAGUGGUUAAGUGCCCUGAGUUCAAUCCCUGGUACCAAAAAAAACAAACAAAAAAAUCUACCUAGAUUUCUUUUAAAGCAGUUUGAUGGAUGGAAAUAAAUAUGUCAGAAGGUUCAUAAAGGCUGGGGUUUAGGAUUUUUUUUUUUUUAAGGCUACAGUGUGAUUUUUCUUUAAGUGCAAAAACUGGGGUGGGGGAGGUCUAAAAUUUUGUUUUUCUUAGUGUUUAUAUUUAACAAAUUAAUGUAUAAACAAAAUUUUAUAUUACAAGGUAGUACCACAGAAUAAUUACAGGAUUUUAAAGGUACAUAUCAAUUUGUGGUACACUAUUCGUAGUGCCCUAGGAAUAGACACCAGACCUGUUGAAAGUUAGGGAAUGUUUUCCUCUGGUUCUGUCAGUUGGUACCAUCCAUGUAACCUUUUGGGAAGAAACAGUAAAAGUCUUGUAGACCUUUCCUGAAUGCUUGAGUGAGCCGUCCUACCCCUACCCUCACUAUGUAUGGGUCAGGACCAGCCCCAGCCAGCAUUAAUCUUAAUAACACAAAUACAAUAAAUGACUCAUUUAAGAAAUAGUAUCCACUCUUCGGUCUCAGGCCUAAGUCGCGGUGACAGGGCUAAACGCACUAAGAAAGUCGGAAUCGUUAGUAAAUAUGGGACCCGCUACAGUGCCUCCCUCUGGAAAAUGGUGAAGAAAAUUGAAAUCAGCCAGCACACCGAGUACACAUGUUCCUUCUGUGGCAAAACCAAGAUAAAGAGAUGGACUGUGGGGAUCUGGCACUGUGGUCCCUGCAUGAAAACAGUGGCUGGUGGCGCCUGGACCUACAACACCACUUCUGCUGUCACAGUCAAGUCUGCAAUCAGAAGGCUGAAGGAAUUGAAAGACCAGUAGAAAGUUCUACCAUAUAGCAAAAUUCUGGUUUGUUGUUAAUUGUAUUAACUGGAUGUUCUGAUGUGAAUUGUGUUAAUAUUGCCUUUUCAAAAGAGGUUUGUAAAUUGAAGCCCUUCUAAUUUGAAUUGGAAAAUUUUGCUGAGAUGGGUUAUUGUAAUUCAGGUGUUUUUUCCCUCAAUAGUCAGAUGAUAAUGGCAUGAAACUAAGUCUUACAGCUUAGGUAUAUACUUAGCUUUUUUUUUUUUAAACCACUGUUCAACUACUCAGAAGA